UGUUUACCGUGUUUGGAUGUGGAAGUGGAUUAUUGGGGUAGGCUUUCACGGAAGUUGGAGAAGGAAGGCAAGGGAUCGUAGGCCAAGAGUCUUGAUUCGGGUUGAUAAUGACAAGGGAAGCGGGACGUUCCCUCUUUAGCGCAGCAAACAGACACGACAAACCAGUCACUUGGGUCGACGAUGGGACUUGAAUAAGCAAAGAAGGGCUGCUUUCAAGAUGGCCUGGUUUGUUGUCCGUGCUGGUUUCUGGUUUUUCAUACGCUUCCGGGACAAUGAAGUGAUUCAGGCCAGCCGAUUGUGUCUGGGGUGGUUCGGCCGUGAUUGCGAGACAUCAUGGCCCGCCGUGUCAGCCACCCCGGCCGGUAGCAACAGGCGAGAGGGGUCUCAGAGUGAGUGGUUGUUUGGCCGCGUGCGAAUGCGUAUGCGGAUGGGUGAGGCUGUGUAUUCCGGGUGUGGACAUAAGUGGGCUCCGAAGCCAACGAUCUUAAAUUGUACUCACUUUUGGGUAUGCUCCGUUCAGAUGGGAAAUCGAAAAUGUGUGGGUUUGCGGUCGCGGGUGUCCGUCACCAGGACCAGGUCUGUUUCCUGCCCUUGUUGCCGUCGAUGCCCUGGCUUCCCACAUUUACUGGUCAAGACGAGAGUCGCGCGCCCGAUGUGUGAGGAGAGAAAAGAGAGUCAGACUGAGCACCGGGGGAGCGCGAGAGACGGGGCCGGACGAGGGGGCAGAGGAGGAAGGAACAGACCAACGGCGUCCAUAGGCAGGCAGAGAGUCCAGAGCACUUGCUUUUUUUGCUUUGCCGCCAUCUGCAAGCCGCGCAGUCCACCCAUCCACACCAACAAUCCCAGUGGCAAGCUGCCCAGCAUGACGGUCCGAGAGAUCGUCCAGAUGGCCUGUGCCGUCGCCGCCCCCAGCAACACACCCAUGCGCCUUCUCUCCCUUGUCGUGUCCGGGAGCUACUAAGCUACCCCUGGCACGUUGAUGCGGGACGCAACCACGUACUGUGUAAGGUACAUUGCCUUCGCACAGUACGGCGAUAUCUCCUUCCACCCCGUAGGGUGAGUGAGACUUGGUCCCUCUGCGCAGUCGAAUCUC